AUGGAAGAUCCACUUGAGUUACCUGAGCAAGCUGAGCAAGCUGAAGAAGUUUUGAGAAUAACAGUCAACAUUGGCAACGCCUCAGAUGAAAUUGUGGUCCAUGCUGAUGACGAGCCUAUUCAACUGGCCAGGGAAUUUGCAGUUAAACAUAAUUUAAACUUAGACAAGUGCACAAAAUUGGCUGCCCAUAUUGAGAAUUGCAUUGAGUCACUUAUUGAAGAAGAAACUGAAACCAAGACUCCUCAGAAAAGCAUCCAGCAGCCUGAAUCAAGCACUCAGAGUAUAAGGAAUAUUGGUGAAGAGCUUUACAAGAAAGAUUAGAGAUUAAAAUUAUACGUCCAUAAGCAGGACCCCUACUAGCUUGACUACUUUGACUCAAGGAAAGGUGACCUACGUUGGAAUGUGUAUACACCAGAGUGCAAAUGGUGUAAGGCCCAACCAAAUUCCACCCCUUGAAUUUUCUGGCGAGACUUGCCUAAUUUGAGAAUCAGCUCCCUGGGCUAGAGCGUCCAUUGCAGGGUACCCUGCUAAUCCCGAUAGACAAAGACUAUAUGAGAAGCAAAAACGUCUAGCCUAUCUGCAGAGACAGGAAAACUUUCGGGGAGAAACAAAAUUUUCCUCUUCGGCAAGGCUACCCCAGAACCCGAAGGACUAUUUCAAAAGGGCAGGAGUCUUUGUUUUCAGCUCAUCAGGAUAGAUCCAAUCUUUACAUAGGGAUUGCUCUCUCGGAGACCAAUUUGCGCCAACAUCACCAUUUUAUUCCUUAUUGUUUUACAAGAAAGGAAUUGCCCAAAAAUCCAAGCUAGUUUCUCUUAUGCAACAAGAAAAAUUAAAAGAGAUGGCAAAAGAGUCACUAGAGCUGACAUUUCGCCCAGUGAUUCACCAUUACUCUCCAAAACCGAACUUAAAUGUUUCUUCAAAUUCUAAGGAGCCAAAAAAGCAUAGACCUUCAUUGAGAAGUGAAGAUCAGGAUUGUACAUUUAAGCCAAAAGUAAAUUCCAGAAGCGAAAAGCUUAUAAACUCAAAAUCGCAAAAAAAUAUUAAGCCAAAACAUGAAGAGCUUUAUGAUCAAGCUAAAAUUUUGGAAAUAAAAAAGAAGCAGCUGGAAGAGUACUAGUAAGACUUAUGUAGCUUGAGUAAACCAAAAGAAAACCCAAUUACAAUUGAUCAUGCCAGAGAAGUUGCUGAUAGGCUGAUUCAGUUUGGAAAAACUGUUGAUUUUAAGAUAGAGCAGCUUAAAAAAUAUGAAGAAGAAAACAUGAAAGAUCCAGUAUCAGGGAGACCCUUUUUCUCACCAAAAACUUGCAAAAUGCCAGAAACUCCUAGGAAAUUAAAUAUCGCAGGAAAAAAUAAACUUUACAAACAAAAGUUCGACUUACAUCCCCUGUAGUAAACCAUUUCUUGCUUAUUUGUGGAAGUUUUUGCAAAAAAUUUUUAAUGAGUAAAAUAGAUUGAAAUUUGCUUAUUAUUGGAGGUAAAUGCGCAAUUUGCAUUUUUAAAAACUGCCAAUAAAUAAUAAGUAAAUUUAAAUUUACUAUUUAAAAAUAAUGUUAAAAAUCCCUACGAAUAAGUAAGAAAAUACUUUUUACUAUGGGAAGAAUUAGAAAAUCAAACCCCUAGAGGAAGUUUGACUAACAAUAGGUCACAAAAAUUAAUUCAAAAAACAAAGCAUCACAGAUGGAUUGAAAUUUUCAAAUUAUUGAAUCCCUCUGAAAAUGAUAGAAUUCGAAGCGAUUUAGUCGACAAAGAUAAAAUUGACCCUGAUCUCUACAAAAUUUUGUCCCCAUUUCUUGAAGAGUUAGCAGAAAUCCCUGAUGGUUUGAGCUUCAAUGAUUUUUGUGUAGCAAUGGAAAAUUUGAUGACUAUUUUAUCUCAGGACGAGAAAAGUAAACUAUUAAACACCAGCAAAAAAAGGAAACAAAGCCCUCAGCCAUAUACAUUUCAGCCUGCCAUAAAUAGCAGCCCUGGGCAUUCUCGGGAAGGGAGCAUUUAUGAGAGAUGCUACGAUAUGACUCAAAAUAGGCAAGAAAAAAUAAGCAAAGCCAGAGAAACAAGGAUACAAUUAGAGACUAAAAAUUGUACAUUUAAGCCGAAAACAACUCCAUAUAAAGCAACGAGGUCUAUCACAAAGAAAUACUAUGAAAUGCAUCACGAGCUGAGUCAUCCCUGCAUUGGUUUAUGUAAUGGAGCUCACAUAUAA